GUGCAAGAGAACGAAGGUCGAAAAGAGGUGUUAUUCUAGAUGUGUAGGUUCUUAUUUCCGCAAAUGAAAUAGAGAUUGAAAGGCGUUCCGGUCUAGAUGUUGUACAAAAAGUGGUGCAUACUGGUUAUAUGUAGGAACAUUAGAACAUUGGGCAUCGAUGCAGAAGGUGGGCGUGUAAUGCAGACAGUGAGAAAACAACAAAGGCAACGUAUCUUAUUCAAUGCUGGAAAUUCUAAAAUGAUUUUUUAUUCCACGGUGUUGGGACAGUUUGCGCAUGCGUUUGUAGCAUAUACUUUGGUCAAUUGCGUGAACGAAUCAGCAGGAGGGGACAGUCGAGGAUGCCGUUGAUCAAGUCUGGACAGAGGCGUGCGGUGACGGAGCAGCUGUGAAAUAGAUGCGCAUGGCGCGACGCCGAUAGUGAACUCGUCCUCUGUAUCGCGUAUGUAGAGGCGUAUGUAGAUGUACAGAGCUAGGUUACGCAUUUGUGUGAAAACGUAACGUUUGUUGAAGCGUGCCGAUGCAUUUUAAGUUUAUUUGGUGGUCGAGCGUUACUCAGUAUCGUCAAUUGCACGUCGAUGGGCUAGUCCAGAACUAGUGGAUUGACCGAGUUACGUCAUACCACGUGUGUUCGAACAGGGGAAGGGACGUAUUCCCCUUCUGAGUUACGACAACCCAACGUUUGUUGAGAAGAGCAGUUUUUCUCCUAGUUACCUAGAAAGUAGACAGAACAAGGAAGGAGGGAUACUUACGCGUCACUGGCCAGGAGAUUGGCCAAGAAAAAAUAUGAAGAAGUUCACGUUUAAGGGGGUACUCGAUGGCUUCCGAUCCUCGGUCGCUCAACAAGUUAAGCCCGAACAGGAAAUCGUUGAAACGCUUCGCUCCGAGCACUUUCAAGUCAAGAAGACAUUCAGACAUGGUUUUCCAUACCAACCAAGUGCCAUGGCAUUCGAUCCGAUACAAAGGUUAAUAGCUAUCGGUACUAAAUCCGGAUCGUUGCGGAUUUUGGGCAGACCUGGCGUGGAUGUGCAUGUGAAGCACGAGGGCGAUUGUGCUGUGACGCAGAUAGAAUUUCUUAUAAAUGAAGGUGCCCUCAUAUCUGCCACCACUGACGAUACUGUUCAUUUAUGGAAUUUUCGUCAAAAAAUACCACAAGUAGUUCAAAGCCUUAAGUUUCAGCGAGAAAGAAUAACUUAUAUUCAUUUGCCAUUACAAAGCAAAUGGCUGUAUGUUGGCACAGAGAGAGGCAAUGUACAUAUACUUCACAUCGAGACUUUUGUAUUAUCGGGUUACGUUAUCAACUGGAAUAAGGCGAUCGAAGUAUCAAGAAAGACACAUCCUGGUUCAGUAAUACAUUUAAGUGAUAACCCUUUCGAUCUAAAUAAGAUGCUGAUAGGCUAUGAAUCAGGGCAAAUUGUAUUAUGGGACUUAAAGAUAAAAGUUGCUGAAUUUAGAUGGCAAACAGAUGAUCCUCUCAGAUCAAUAUCUUGGCAUCACGAAGGCAAGCAAUUUAUAUGUAGUCAUACUACUGGUUCGCUUACAACUUGGCUUGUGCGGCAGCCUAAAUACGUUCAUGUAACCUACCCUCAUGCAAAAAAUAUGAAGGACGGUGAACCAGAGCCUUGUAAAGCUAUUCAGAAAGUCGAGUGGAAGGUUUCUCGAUCAGGAGAGGCGUAUAUAGUAUUUUCAGGAGGGUUAGCUUUUGACUCGACUGGCAGAACGCCGAGCAUCACUGUCAUACAAGGAAAGACAACAACCGUUUUGGAAAUGGAGCAGAAUAUAGUUGAUUUUAUCACCCUUUGUGACAGUCCUUGGAGCAGUGAUUUUCAAGAUCCAUACGCUGUAGUGGUACUUUUGCAAAAUGAUCUCGUAGUUAUAGAUCUAUUAACGACGGGUUUCCCUUGUUUCGAAAAUCCUUAUCCUAUGGAUUUACACGAGUCACCGGUCACUUGUUGCGCUUAUUUCGCCGAUUGCCCGGGUGAUCUCAUCCCUGCUUUCUACUCAGUGGGAUCUAAGUCUCAAAAGAAGACUGGAUUUAGUGAAAAGGAGUGGCCAGUAUCUGGUGGUGAGUGGAGCCCCAAUUCCAGCAGUUACAAUGAAAUAGUACUUACCGGGCACGCUGAUGGGAGCAUAAAAUUUUGGGAUGCUUCAGCGGGAACACUUCAAGUAUUAUAUAAGCUCAAGACAGCAAAACUUUUUGAAAAAAAUAAAACUCAUUGUAUGGAGAACAAUGAAGAUCCCUUAGCAAUUCAGCUUAUUUUUCUCUGCCCUGAAAGCCGUAAGCUGGCGGUUGCUAGUGUUGGAUGUCACAUAAUUCUUUUCAAAUUUAAGAAAAUUGAAAGCAUGUCGGAAGUUGUGAUAUUGGAGGUGCCACUCGUAUCUGAUUCAAGUAAGGAUAUGGAACGAUCUCCUGACUUUGAUUUUUCCAAUAUAAGCGAUGAUCCUAAGGUAAAUGCCGAAAAGAAUCGACCACUAAAAGUAAAAUCGGGUAUGCAGAAACGUGCUGCAGGUUUCCAGGCAAUACUUGUUUGUCUUACUUAUGGACCGAAUGGUGAACUGCCCGAAAAUAUAACUGCUCUUAGUUUGAAUUCGUCAUAUGGGUUAUUGGCUUACGGGAACGAUACAGGCCUCAUAGUCGUGGAUAUUGUGCAGAAGAUCUCACUUUUGGUGAUGUGCACAUCAGAUUUCGGAAAUAAUAUUGAUCCUCACCAACGAGCUUUAAGGAGUCCAAAACGACAUGAAGAUAUAUCUGUGAAACGUGAUGAUGAUAAGGCUAGGAGUCCGAGUAUAGAUCAGAUGAACGGGACUUGUGUUUCACCAACUGCAGGACGUAGCACAGAGAGUGGAGGAGCAUCUGGAAUUGCGGAGGGCGAUUAUAGCGUAAUAUGCCAGAGUAAUAUUACGGCUGAUGAGACCGCCGAAGAGGAUAUCGAUGGUGGUGGAGGUGAAAAGAGCCUCGGACAGUCCGCAAGUUCACUGUUUCGCAGGUCCGAUGCCGGCCUUAUUGCCGGAACCUGUGGCGGUCGGCAUGGUAGCGGAAGUAGCGGCGGUGGGCGUACUCAAGGUAUACGAAAGUUGCAGAAGUGUCUAAGUACCUCAGUCACCUACUACGAGACCGGGAUCGAAGGCUCAUCCAGUGGCUUUGCAACAACCUUCCCAUUUCAUGCUCAGCGCAGUAUUGACAUACGCGGCUACUCAGCUACCACCUAUCCCCAGGCUUCUUUAUCUUCCUCGUAUAUCCUCACCAACACCAGACCGUAUAGCAGUUUUGAUAAACUCGACAGUUCAUUCCAACGAUCCCGAAGUUCAAGUAUGUCUUCGCUAGAAAAUAUUGCCACUGAAACCGUCAGCUGCCUUACUUUUGCCGAUUCCUAUACGAAAAAGAGCGAUUCUAAUGCCUUCCCGACGUUAUGGAUUGGAACGUUUUCGGGUUCUGUACAAACUAUUGUAUUUAAUACACCUGCUUCUGGUGAUAGACAUGCACAACCUGUGGUUAUUUCUAGUUGUAAUGGCUCUACAUUUAAACUAAAAGGAUGUAUUUUAACGAUGUCUUUUUUGGAUUGCUUUGGAGCUUUGAUUCCAUAUUCCUAUGAAUCUUGGAAGGAUGAAAAUACAGAUUCUAAAGAUCGCAACAAAAAUCAAGGCAAAUUUUUGACUACACGUAUGUCAUCUUCAAUUCACUCUCAAGGGUCUGGUUCUGAUAGCUAUGAAGAUAGGCAAUUUAUCGUACUCACAUCUCAAAAGCAAGCUAAAGUUAUUGCUCUACCAUCACAGAACUGUAUCUAUAAACAACAAUUAACUGAUACAAAUAUUGUUAUAAAGGCAGAAAUAACAUCUUUGAAAGAUAGUGUCUGCUUGGUAUGUUAUGUUUCAAAUGGUCAUAUUUGCUCAUUUAGUCUACCGAGUCUAAGGCCACUUUUAGAUAUCGACUUUGUUCCCGUAUCAAACUUAAGUUUUAAUACUAUUAAACAUGGCAUAGUAGAUCCCAUGUUAUCCAUAUGGGGACAUCAACUUUUUGUAAAUGGCGAUAAUGAUCAAGUUGCAAGGACUUUAUGCUUCAGUAACCGUGGACAUGGAUUUUAUUUGUCGUCACCAACAGAAAUCCAAAAGUUUACGAUUUCUAGUGAAUUUUGUUCAGAACUGACUGAAAUGAUGGGAGACUUAUUCAUUGGGCAAGACAUGCCUGAACCUCCUAAAGAAAGUUUUUUUAAGGGUUUAUUCGGUGGCGGUACUCGAAGCAUUGAUCGUGAAGAAUUAUUUGGCGAAGCUAGCGGUAAGGCAUCGAGGACUGUAGCGAAUCGAAUACCUGGACCGAAUAUGAGCACCGAGGGAAUUCGAGAACGAGUUUCGAUUGCCACGAACGAGGUCAUUGUGGCUCAUCAAAUGAUAGUUGAACGGGGUGAAAAGCUCUCUCAGUUAGAGGAUCGUACAGCUCGUAUGAUGAACGAGUCAGAAAAUUUUGCCUCCUCAGCUCAUACACUCAUGCUUAAGUAUAAAGACAAAAAAUGGUACCAAUUGUGAAAAUAUUUUAUAAUAUGCUAAAUAAGCAAAAGAUUACAUUUAAAUUCAUGGUAUGAGAAUAAAGUAAAUUAUGGUGGGUUUAGCUCACUUCGAAGACAGCUGUUGGAGAACUAAUCCGAGUCGAAAUUAAUGGAUCGUGAUAUAUCUUUACCUAGGAGAUACGUCUGAUUCUUCUACAUACUCUAAAAAGAAAAAUAAAAACAUA